UCGAGGCUUAGGCAGUAAGACCGCUUAGUGCCUCACUGACUGACACUGACUCGUGUUUCCAACUUCUCAUUUCAGCCGAGUCCCGUUGAGGAAUACCUGUGGACUGUGAACGCAAACCUUUCAAGACUGUGAGUUAGUCAGGGUGCUCAAGUCAGUUAACGUUGAAACUCAUGCUUGAGAGUGUUUAAGUGUUUUAAAUAAGACGUAAGAUCUUAUACUACGAUCUCCAGCUUUCGGAUUACAGACUGACAGAAGCUAUGCGACCAUGGCAAGUAACUCUAGAAGGUAUAAUGAUGCUGGUUCUUUGGGUGGUCAACAUUGGUUCAGAUACAGUUACUUGUUUUCUUCUUAUCAUUGUUCAUGACCACGGAGGCUGGAUCAUGCUGGGAAUUCUUGGGGUGUCGCACUUUUUACUCAACUGCUGGGUACUCCGUUUUCGAUGGCGGAAGAUGAACAAGCUGGCAUUAUUGCUGCAGUUCCUCACGCAGACAGCAGCGUUUUACAUGAUAUGCAGAAGAGCUUGGCGAUCUUUGGUCCCAUAUUGUACGAAGGAUGAUAGAACAAAGAAAAGAAAAGUGUUAAUAGCCAAAUACUCACUGUGUAUUGAGACAUGGAAUUCUUCCAAAAAGUUUCCCACAGAGGGAAACACAAUGGAGUUGAGAAGUUGUGUACCUCCUGAGAUUAUAGGAAAUUCAAAUCACAUUUCCACAAUUCCAGACUCCUGUUCUGAUGUUGAGAACAAUGACUCCAUGAUAGAUCAGUUCUUUAAAAAUGAAGACGAAUCCCAACAGAUUAUUCACAUGGGCAAUACUAAAUAUACAGAGGGCACUUAUGAUAUUGAACUGAACUUCAACGCUCCCCAGGAAGUGUAUGCGGGCGAGCCCAACUUAUUAAAGUUCCUCAUGAAAACCUUGCAGCUUCUAUAUGUAGAAGAAAAAAAAAUAUCAUAUCAUAUAAUAACAGAUUCCAGCAAUAGGAUCCUUCACAUAACAAAAUCAAGUCGACAUAUAAAAAAUCUUCCACCGAGAAGUAUGCCUGGACAGUCCACAACGUUGUGCAAUGAUAUUCAUUAUGCUGUUAAUUUGGCUAAGGGAAAAUGUUAUGAAGUUUUUGCUAUUACAAAGAGAACAACUGAUGAGAAUAAAUUUAUUGUGGAUGCAGAUGUUUCAAACUUCUUGUGGAGUCUUGUCUGGCCAUCAGCUGUAAUCAAGUUAUACUCAAUCCUUGACAUGCUAGAGGAUAGCAAAGAUGCCAGGUAUUAUCACGUGAUUUUAUUUGUCAGUCCAAUGAUUAGUGUGAUAACGUGGCUACUCACAAAUAAAGGUGUAUCAGAACCAUGGAGAAAUGUUGGUCUUGCGAUCCCUUUACAAAUAAAUCUGUCAGUGACAAGGGCCAUGCUGGUGAUUGGUCUAGGUGUCAACAGCCUACCUCUUGCAGCUGCAUGCUAUUUAUCUGUUAAGGCUGUAGGCAUAAUAGCUCUGAUUGGCCAUCUCAUCUAUGCAAAAAAAAUUAAAAAUGUAGAAUUAUACAGAGAUGAAAUUGAUAAGUACAAUUACAGCCAGAUAUAUGAUCCAGUAAUCCAGUUUAGUGAAAGUUGUGUAUACAUGUCAUGGGCAAUAUGGUUGUAUGCAACUACUCCAAGAACAAUGUAUGCACAAUUAAGUUAUUAUCAUCUUCCACUAACGCUCUUCUUAACAACACUGCUUGGUCAUGUCUUUGGAUUAACCUGGUUGUGGUUCACCAAGUCUAAAGUUAAAAAGCCUUUAAAGGAUCCGAAAUGUGUCCUUAGACUAGUACAAUCAUUAGAAUAUAUUAGGACCUAAAACAUUGUGAUAAAUUUUCUUUAAGAAUUGUAGCUAACAGCAUGAAGAUGCUGUACGUAAUUAGAUCAGCGACAGUGCAGCAACUACGUUAAUACAUGCAACAGAGUGAAAAGUAUCUGUCACCACAGGACUGUUUGAUUGUAGCUCUCCUUCAGUAUGCAUACAUUUUGCUGCUUAUAUAUAAAAAAAAUUCAUGACACUUAUGAAUUUGAAGCAACAACUAUCCACUAUCUACAAAUUAUUUUCAUAAGGUAGUUGUGAUCACUCAAGCUAUGAAUAGUAAGGCCCAUGAAUUUUUUGUAGUACCUCUUUCAGUCUGUCUUCUGUAGUAUACAUCAAAUGUGUUAUUUUCUAUUGCUCAUGAUUUCUCAAACUUUUCAAUGUACAACAACAAACUGUUAAGCAUCAACAUUAAAUGUUUUAUGUAAGAAAAUUA